AUGGAACCAGGAACUUCUUCUUACAAGAUUAUAUUGGGUUCUUCCUCCAUCGCACGCCGCAAGAUUUUGUCCGAAAUGGGAUACCAAUUCACAUUAAUGACGGCAGAUAUUGAUGAAAAGAGCAUCCGAAAAGAUACUCCAGAAGAGUUAGUUAUGGCUCUUGCUGAAGCCAAGGCCAAUGCCAUUAUUUCCAAACUUCAAACUACCGGUAAUCAAGAGAGAGUUGAUGAACCGACGCUUUUAAUUGCUGCUGACACAGCAGAAGCCAUCUUACAGAGGCUCCCUGUUGGUGACUAUUUAAAGGAUGCCGAGCCAACUUUAUUAAUCACUUCUGACCAAGUGGUGGUCUAUGAAGGUGUGAUUAGGGAAAAGCCAUCUAGCAAACAAGAAGCUCGACAAUUCUUGAAAGAUUAUUCUGGAAGGAAAGCAGCAACCGUGGGAUCUGUAUUAGUUACUAAUCUUAAAACAGGAUUGAGAAAAGGAGACUCAGAUCGUGUUGAGAUCUAUUUCAAUGAAAUACCUGAUGAAAUCAUUGAGAAGCUGGUUGAUGAGGGAAUUACUCUCAACGUUGCUGGAGGGCUAAUAAUAGAGCAUCCUUUAAUAUUUCCAUAUGUCAAAGAUGUGGUAGGCACAACUGAUAGUGUGAUGGGGCUUCCCAAAGAUCUGACUGAAAAACUCUUAAACGCAGUCCUAUAA